AUGGUCAAAUACAGCAGAGAACCAGACAGCGCUAAAACAUGCAAGUCAAAGGGGGCCGAUCUUCGCGUCCACUUCAAGAACACUUAUGAGACCGCCCAAGCCAUCAAGGGAAUGGACCUCCAUGAAGCUCAGAGAUAUUUGGAAGACGUUGUCGCCCAUAAGCGAUGCGUUCCAUUCCGCAAGUUUGCUGGAAAAGUCGGUCGAACCGCGCAAGCGAAAGCCUUCGGCGUUACGAAGGGUCGGUGGCCAGAAAAGUCGUGCCGGUUUCUUCUCGAUCUCUUGAAGAACGCUGAGAGCAACGCAGAGACGAAGAAUCUCGAUCCUGAAUCGAUGUAUAUCUGGCACAUCUGUGUUCAACGCGCGCAGCAAGGACGUCGACGAACAUACAGAGCACAUGGACGGAUAAAUCCUUACAUGUCCCAGCCCUGCCAUAUCGACCUCAUUUUGAAGGAGAGAGUCAAGAACGUCGAACUGCCCCAACAGCAAGCCGGUGAAACCAAAAAGUCUGUCAUUCGUUUGUCGAAGAAACAGCUCGCUCAUAAGCGUGUUCGCGUUGGUGGUGGACAUUAG